UCCAACUUUUUGACACUGAGAUCAGAACAUAAUGAGCUACCAGCUAUUGAGCCGACUUUCUCAAAGGCGGCCAUUUCCUCAGAAAUGCGGGAUUCUACCCAUUUUGGUAUCCCUGCCUAAUGCCGUAGACGCUUGGAAUUGGCGAACAUGUCAUCCUGUACGCCGCUUUUCACCAUGUACCACCGUACGAAGCAACUUGACGGAAUCAGAAGAUAUUGAGCUUUGGAUAAGUCGAUUUUCAAAAGAUAGCAUACCGAGAGAGCAACUGGAGGUAUCCUUCUCUCGGAGUAGCGGACCUGGAGGGCAGAAUGUCAACAAAGUAAAUACAAAGGUAGACAUGCGCUUUCCAAUCAAGUAUGCACAAUGGCUGCCACCCGAAGUCAAGGCAAAACUACGUGAACAGAACGCAAACAGGAUCAACAAAAAGCUAGAGUUUGUCGUCAGUUCUGAUCGACAUCGAAAUCAACAUCAGAACUUUGAAGAGUGCCUAAGCAAGCUCUAUACAGCCAUAGUCGAAGCAGCAGAAGAGUUGGUACCAAGAGGCCCUAGCGAGGAAACAUUGAAGCGGAUAGAGGAAUUUAAGGAGAUUGAAAGAGAGAAGAAAAUGAAGGCAAAAGAGCGGCAUGCUCAAAAGAAAGCCAGCCGGCGACGAGGAAAAGAUGACUAUUGAGAUUUGUUGGGGCGCGCGGCACUCUAUUUAUGCAGUCAACUCUUCAUGUACAUAGUUGGUGCGGUGCAGUUAGACGAGUGAGUGUAGAUGUGGGUAUAGAUGACAGUUAUUUGAAUAAUAUUUACAUGCUAUAUUUUUACAUCCGCAAAGGAGAA